AUGACGUCGAAACCUCUCACCAGCUUGCUCACAUCGACAAGCACCGUUUUCUUCGAUCGAGCUACCAAGCACCCUUUCCUCAAAGCUGCUGGGCAGGGUGAGGUCACUAAAGAAAAACUAUCCCAGUGGCUGGCGCAAGAUCGGUUAUACGCACAAGCAUAUGUGCGGUUCAUUGGCGGGCUGCUCACCAAAGUCGUUUUACCAACAUGCAACCCAGACAGCAAAAAAUGCAAGUCGCCGACUACGGAGCAGCGAGUCUUUCGCAUCCUAGUAGACUCGUUGACUAAUAUCCAGCGGGAACUAGAAUUUUUCGAUGAGGUGGCCAUGGAGUAUGGGCUGGACUUGACUGCCUUGAUUGACAAGCCUAUUGAAGAAUGUCCCCUGGGACCCGGUGUAUUUGGACCAGAACCUAUCACGCGAGCGUACAUAGAUUUAUUCAUGUCAGCUUCCAGCCCCGGUGCCGAUCUUCUGGAAGGCUUUACUGUACUUUUUGCAACCGAGUACAUCUAUCUACAUGCUUGGAAAUAUGCCGCGUCAAUUAUGGCUACGUCACCCAUUUCCGCUACUCGGCCAUCACCAGCAUCGUUCUCGGCUGGCCCUGAAAAGGACCUAGAUGGAGGGGCACUCCGUCGUAAGUUCAUCCCCAAUUGGUCUAGCCCUGAAUUUGAGAAAUAUGUCGCGACCCUCCGGGACAUCACGGAUGAGUUGGCAGGUCGGCUGAAAGGAGCAGAAGAGGUGGAGAGAGCAAGAGGAAAGUGCAUUGGCUGGUGGAGGCAGAUUCUCUGGUUAGAAGAGCAGUUUUGGCCCAAUCUCGACGAACCUUGA